CGAUUUGCUAGGCGGAGAUGCGCGUUUGUCCCUGCCCAGCUCCCAUUACUGUUUCGCUCGUCAGCUGACAGCAGUUGCCUACUUUCGCCGUUCACAAAACUGUGUGUUAAUAAUGAGUAGGAGACACAAAAAGGGAAUUAAAUACGCUGUGUAAAUUAAAUGAGCACAUUUGCUUUAAGCAGUAAAAUAGCACAGACGUUACAUUUCAUAAAGUACAGUUUGCAAGAACAGGUGAUCGGGAUAACAGGGAUGAGUCAUGGCAUCAGUGAAAGUAGCAGUGCGGGUCAGGCCACUGAAUCGCAGGGAAAAAGAUCUGGAUGCCAAAUUUAUCAUUUUAAUGGAGGGAAAGAAGACAACAAUCACAAAUUUAAAGAUUCCAGAAGGUAUAUCUGGUGAUUCUGCAAGAGAACGAACCAAGACUUUUACAUAUGACUAUUCAUAUUAUUCAGUCGAUAGCAAAGAUCAUAAUUAUGCAUCUCAAGAAAUGGUUUUUAAUGAUCUUGGUUCAGAUGUCCUUAGAUCAGCGUUUGAAGGUUAUAAUGCUUGUGUCUUUGCUUACGGACAGACUGGAUCCGGCAAGUCAUAUACUAUGAUGGGCAAUUCUGAUGAUGUAGGAUUAAUACCACGAAUAUGUGAAGGUCUGUUCAAUAGGAUAGCUGGUAAACGAAGAUGGGAUGAGGCUUCUUUUCGUACAGAAGUAAGCUACUUAGAAAUUUACAAUGAAAGAGUCAGAGAUCUACUUCGGAGGAAAACAUCUAAAACCUAUAAUUUAAGAGUCCGGGAGCAUCCUAAAGAGGGGCCUUAUGUAGAAGAUUUAUCAAAACAUCUAGUUCAAAAUUACAGUGAUGUAGAAGACCUUAUGGAGGCUGGAAACCUCAACAGAACAACUGCAGCAACAGGCAUGAAUGACGCUAGUAGCAGAUCUCAUGCCAUUUUCACCAUCAAUUUUACUCAGGCUAAAUUUGAUGCAGAAAUGCCAUGUGAAACAGUUAGCAAGAUCCAUCUGGUGGACUUGGCUGGAAGUGAACGAGCAGAUGCUACUGGUGCAACUGGUGUCAGAUUAAAAGAAGGAGGGAAUAUCAACAAAUCUCUGGUUACUCUGGGAAAUGUAAUUUCUGCCUUAGCUGACAUGUCUCAGGAUGCAACAAGUCCCCAUGCAAAAAAGAAGCAUCUCUUUGUGCCUUAUAGAGACUCUGUCUUGACUUGGCUUUUGAAAGACAGUCUUGGUGGAAACUCCAAAACAAUUAUGAUUGCCACUAUUUCACCUGCUGAUAUCAAUUAUGGAGAAACUUUAAGUACACUUCGCUAUGCAAAUAGAGCCAAAAAUAUCAUCAACAAGCCUACCAUUAAUGAAGAUGCCAAUGUCAAACUCAUCCGUGAGCUAAGAGCUGAAAUAGCUCGAUUAAAAGCUCUGCUUGCUCAGGGGAAUCAGAUUGCACUGUUAGACUCACCGACAGCUUUGAGUAUGGAAGAGAAACUUCACCAGAAUGAAGCAAGAGUGGAAGAACUUACCAAAGAAUGGACAAACAAAUGGAAAGAAACUCAAAAUAUUUUAAAAGAACAGACUCUAGCACUCCGAAAGGAAGGAAUUGGAGUUAUUCUGGACUCUGAGCUACCUCAUUUAAUUGGCAUUGAUGAUGAUCUUCUAAGUACAGGCAUUAUUCUUUAUCAUUUAAAGGAGGGCAGAACAUAUGUUGGUCGUGAGGAUGCUGAAACAGAACAGGAUAUCGUACUUCAUGGCCUUGACUUGGAAAGUGAGCAUUGCAUCUUUGAACAUGUAGAUGGCAUUGUGAAUCUGAUACCACUGAAUGGCGCCCAGUGUUCUGUGAAUGGAAUGCAAAUCAAGGAGCCAGCAAAGCUCAACCAAGGUGCAGUCAUAUUGCUUGGGAGAACUAACAUGUUUAGGUUUAAUCACCCUAAAGAAGCUGCGAGACUCAGGGAAAAAAGGAAGAGUGGCUUGCUGUCUUCUGGUUUAUCUAUGACAGAUCUUUCAAAGUCUUGUGAAAAUUUAUCCACUGUUAUGCUUUACAAUCCAGGGCUUGAAUUUGAAAGGCAGCAACGCGAAGAGCUGGAAAAGCUGGAACUGAAAAGGAAGUUGAUAGAAGAAAUGGAAGAAAAACAAAGAUCAGAAAAGGCUGUAUUGGAAAAAAUGCAACAAGAGGUUGAGUUCCAGCGCAGAGAGACAGAAGUAGUACAGCUGAGGAUUAGAAAACAAGAAGAAAGUCUAAAACAGCGUAAUUUAGACAUUGAAAGCAAAUUAAAAGAUUUACAAGCAGAGAAAGAAAAGUUUGAAGAAGAACGCUUGAAAGAACAACAAGAAACAGAACUGCUGAAGAAGCAUGAAGAGGAAACAUUGGUACAUGUUAAAGAAGAGCUUGCAAGACUACAGGAACUUAACUGUAAAGAGAGGACUGAAAAAAUGGAGAUCUACAGAGAAUUGGAAAGGCUGAAACAAGAAAAAGACAAACAGUACAUCAAAUUGGAACUAGAGAAAAAGAGACUUGAAGAACAAGAGAGAGAACAACUCAUUUUAGUGUCGCGUCUUGAAGACCAGCUUCGGCAAAAGCAAGAAAUGAUCAAGUUAUUCAAGAAUGAAGAUGUUCAAAGAAUUGAGGAAGAAAAAAUUAUGCUUGAAGAGAUCAGGGAGGCUCUUCUGAAAGCCAAAGAAGCAAGAUCUGAAGGAGAUGAAGAUCAUGAAGAUGUUCAGGUAGCUCAACAAAAAUAUGUUAAUUUUAAAAAGCAGCAGUUAGAACGGUUGUUCUGUAAGGAAGCAGACUUGUACCAAGAGAAAGAACUUCUUGAACUAGAAAUAAGAAACGAAUGUGAAGCAGUUAGUCAUCUUCAACUUGAGCAAGGGAAACAGAUGAAAGUUCUUAAGGAAAAUGAAGAAAAAGGUACCUUAGAUUCUGCUGAAGCAGCUCAGGUUUCUGAAAAAUUAAGAAAUGCUGAAAACAGGUUACAUCACAAAGAACGCCAGCUUCAUUACCUAGUUAAUCAGCAUCUACCAACACUGUCAGAAGAGAAACAAAGAGCAGCUGAGAUUCUGGAAAGAGGUUUAUUGGGUUUAGACAAUACACUCUAUGAAACUGAGAAAGAAAUUGAGGAAAAACAAGAACAGCUUGCACACUACAGAGCCAGCGCUGACCAGCUGCAGCAGCUCCAGGCUACUUAUGAAUUCACUGCCAAUAUUGCACGACAAGAAGAAAAAGUUCGCCAGAAGGAGAAGGAAAUUCUGGAGUCUCAAGUAAAACAACAGAGAGAGGCUUUGGAGCAGGCUGUAGCUAAAUUAGAAAGGAGACAACGUCAGUCCACGCUUGACUUAGAAAUUGAGGCUCAAAAGCAAAAACUUGCAACUCUAAAUGCCAUUGAACAAAGUGAGUUACAGGUCAGCAUUGCAGCAGAACAGAAGGCUGUAGAGCAAGAUCGUAAAAGACUGGAGAGUGAAAUUCAGCACCUGAAGCAGAAGAUAUGCGAGAGUGAUACUGCUGCGAAAAGUCACCAGGGAACAAGUGAAGAAAAAGCUUCCCAUGCUAGCUCUCCUGUUAGCCCUAAAAAAUCACCACUUGCUCAACUGCCUAUAGAAGAUGACAGGAUCAAUGCAUUAAUUGAAGAAGAAGUGCAAAGGAGGCUAAAAAAAUGUCAAAUAAACGGUGAUGACAAUAGUGAUAUGCAAUUCUCUCUUAGUUCCACAAAGGAAAGUGAAAUGCUUCUUGAUGGCAUUACCCAGAGAAAACUCAAGUAUGAGCGAAUUGCAUCUCGUCCUCUUGGAGCUAAUCCAGAUGACCUGAAGGAUCCCAUCAAAAUUAGUAUUCCUCGCUAUAAGCUACACGGACAAGGAAAAGAUGAGCAUUAUGAGUUUGAAGUAAAGAUAACUGUUCUUGAUGAAACAUGGUCUCUGUUUAGACGAUACAGUCGUUUUCUGGAAAUGCACAAAACUUUGAAGCUGAAGUAUCCUGAGCUUUCUGAUUUACCUUUCCCACCAAAAAUACUGUUUGGAAACAAGGAUGAGAGAGUGAUCUCUGAACGACGAAAUCAGUUAGAGAAAUACCUGCGGAAAUUUUUCUCCAUAAUGCUGGAUUCUCCAUCUUCUCCACUGCACAUUGACAAAAUUGGGCUUACUUUGUCAAAACACUCCGUUUGUGAGCUCACACCAUUUUUCAAGAAAGGAGUUUUUGACUUCAGCAGCCAUGGAACUGGAUGAAUCCGACUUGAAGCACUUUUAUUUUCCUUUCCUUUGUUAGAAAGGGACCAAGCACAGUGCCUUUUACUCUAAAGCAUACAGGUGGCAUGCCACCUGUGUCUGCUGUAACAAACUGUCUUGCGUUUUGAUUCACUUUCCACUGUGAUGAGUAGGCAAAGAAAACAGAAACGUUUCAGCCACUGUAGUUGAAUUAUUCAGAAAAAAAGCAUAACAGUGUAACACUGGAAUGUUUCCAGCCUCAUGUCGAGCUACCUUUACAGAUAUUACCUAGCCUGUGUCUUACAAAAAGCUGGAUGUAUACCUGUACGCUAAUGUAUAAAAUGAUGGUACCUCCUGUGGAGACAUUAUCUGAAGCCCUACUGGACAGAAUAUACAUUUCUACUUGUGUCAUUACUAAAUGACAAAUGAUAACUCUCUGCCUAUUAGCCUUACUGCUUCUGCUGUUUAUGGCCAUUUUGACGCUAUAUUUAGCUUUUCAUUGUAUGAUGGAUGGGAGUAUGCAUUCUUGAGGUCUUUAUGAGCAUAGUGAAGUCCAAGACAUUUGCAAAAUUGCUUUUCUGAAGUUCAGAUUUGAGACUACUUUAUAAAUGAAAUGCAACAUCAUUUCAAACUGUGUCCUGUGGCAUUUGUUUCUGGGGUAACAUUUUCCUUUCCCUUGAAGAGUAGCUAAAUGUACAUUUAUGAGUUAAAUUUGAUGCAGCAUACUCUAUAAUUAAUUAAAUAUUGUGAUAUCUUUGGGAACAUUUUUGUUUUUAUUUAUUUUAUUACAAUGAUUUUAUUUAUGAGAGUCCCAAAACCACCCCAGUGUCAGAACGGGUGACUGCUGCACUUUUGGGUACCAGCGAACAACAUGUGCUCAUUACUUGCCCAUUUACAAAGGCUGAUGGGCGUAUUUUUACUAUGAAGAUAUUAGAGCAUCUUAUGGGGCACUUCUUGUAGAACAGAAUAUUCUUUGUCAGGAGUUAGACCAUGCUCACCAUCUGUAGAGGCAGAGCCACCAAGCUGAAACUCAAUUUUAGGACACAUUCUUUUUCAGAGAACAGUAUUGAACAGCACACAGUCUCCUAAUUAAUAUCUGUGAUUGUUGAUGUUUGCAAAGAGAACUGGAGACAGAGACUAGGACAUGCAUAGAUGAAGUUCUUUGAUGUUUUUGGUGUUAUUAUUCAUUUCACUUCAUCUGCUUCUUUCCAACAUGUAGAACAGUUUUUUUUUCAUAAGCUGAAACAUCCUUUAAAGAACAGCAAACUGCAGCAUACAGUUUAAUGAAUGACUGCUGAAAGCCAUAGUUUCUCUCCAUACUUAAGGUUAAUGCUUCUGUUUGCUCUCAGUUACUCUUAAUUUAUUAAUAUAUAACAAAGCUCUGAAACUAGACCUGUAUAAAAAACAGAAAACUCAGUUCUAGCAGUGCCAUGUAAAAGGGUCAUUGUGCAGUCAGAAAAUAACUGGACGCUUGAGGUAUUGGUUAUUGCAAGAUAACCCAGAUUAUUAAAUCAAAAAAAUUGUAUGCAGUUCCUUAGAAAAUCUUAAUUGAGUGCACAUUUCUGAAAUAAUGAAUACUGUUAUGAUUUAUAUAAUUUGCUGAAUAGACUAGAUUUUAUACAAGUAGAGCAGUCCCAUGCCUUUUAUCUCCAAGUUUAAGCAGUAGCAUAUAUUUUGAUUGGACUGAUGUAUUUUUUCCCUUAUAAACUGUAACUGGUAACAUCAGUAUCUCUAAAACCUCAAAAUACGAAUAAUGUUGCUGUGAUAUAUAUGGCAAUAACCUGGGAUUUAAACAGCAUUUUAACAUUAGUUGUUUGUUAAACUGGAUACUCAGUGAUGUGCAAUAACCUAGCACUUAAGGAGCAUAAAUCACUUGAGUGAAACCACUGAAUCUCUAAUGUCUUCUGAUUAUUUUCUUUUGGAAGAUAAUGUUCAUCUUUGAAACUGUAUGUUUUAGCAGGCAUUUCGGCUGCAGUAUUUUUAUACAGGCUGCUUUCUUUUACUUAUGCUAUUCUUUUUUGAAUGCUAUAACUGCUGUGUUAAUUUUAAAAAGAGAAAUUCUAACAGCUUUCCUGAUCAGUGCCCUGCCUUUGAGGUACAUUAGCUUAAAAAAGAAUUGUAUAUAUUUUCUACUUUUUUUGUUUAGUUAGAAAAAGUGUAUCUAUUUAAGGUAGUCAGUUGGGUAUCGACACAAACCAGGUAGGUAAUAACCAGUAACAAGUAGCUCAUGUUUUCAAUUAAGGGAUACUAUGACCAAGACACCAAAGAAAUUUCUUCAUUGUUCUCUCAGUAGAAGUAAUGGGGAAUGCCCAUUUUUAAGCCGAUUUAUUUAAGCAGUAUUUGGUAGCCGGAAGGAUGGACCUGUCAGAAGACUCUUUUUAGCCACAACCCAGGCUCAGAAGCAAUAAACAGUGCAAGCAGACGUAAGCACCUGAAUAUCCAGAAAUGUUCUCAGUUUAUCUGCUUACCAGAUGCGUACCACACGACAGCAUUGUCUUAAUUGUAGGACUCAUUGUUUAAGAUGUAAUCUUCGUCCCACUCCAGCUGAAGAGUUGUGAGCUCAGCUAGGAUUGCGUAUAUACAGAGAGUUAGUCAUAGUCAAAAUGCCUUUAAAACUUGAUGAGAUCCCUGAAAAGAUAAACCUCUGCUUUUACUAUUAUAGAGUAAUUAAACAGUAACCAGCCUUUCUUCGAGAAUUUGCUGGUUCUUCGCACCAAGAUAAUACCAGUGGUUAAAGCUGUUGCCUCACAGCUCAAGAACCGUCCACUCAGUCGUGGCUUCCAGCUGCUUUUUGGUUAGAGACAGCUUGUUUUUGCAUAUCUUUAUGGAUUUUAUUUGAGCACUUGGUUUCCUUAUACGAAUUAAUAACAUACUGCUUUUUGUUUGAGUACCCAUUUGUUUCUGGGUUUGUCUUGCAGCUGUUUUGUCUCCAGGCUAUCCCUGUAAAAGUGCCUUUAGCUUAAAUCUGGUUAACAAAAUGAAAAAAAUGGAAUAGAAGGGCAAUGAUGCAGACAGCUAACAACAGUACAUAAGUGCCUUAAUAAUGACCACAGUCACACAAGUUCUCAGCAAGUGCAGAGUUUUAAGUACAUUUUUAACCAUGUUGUAUUUGUUAAUUUUAUUUUAGCAGUAGCUUUUGUUUUGGCAAGUCUGUAAAAUGAAAUAGUGGCCACAAAGGUUGUGUUUUUGAUGUAGUAUGGAAGAAUAAUUCUGAUAAUGUUAGCUGAUGUUGGGUUGUUUGCUGGAGCUAUUAUGGAGUAGGCUGUAAAUGGUCUUCUCCCUUGCAUGUAGUGUUGAUGGCUGUAUAUCUUUGAUAACUAGUUUGUAGAGUGAGCAACACAGCUUGUAGAGGACUAAAGGAUAUGAACCUUUAAAAUGCCUAAAAUGUUCACUGCAAGACAUCAUCUUUAUUUGUAUGCUGUGUUAAAUGGCACGUCCCUUCACUUGUGGCAGGGAUUAGUAGAAGAGCAUCUUAAUCUGCAUAUAUUGCACCUGCUUUACUGCAGAAUAUUUUAUUCAGUGGUGCAUUAUUUAUUUUUUAUUUUUGGAAAAAGAAUAACAUUAUAUAUAUAAAUAUAUAUAUAUAUUCUGUAUUACCAUUUAGAAAGAUGCAAAUCCCAUUUUGUUGUAUCAGCCAGGCCAGAAGGUUGUUUUGACAGUUUUCAAAGACCAGCGAAGUUAUUUUUGCUAGGCUUUACAGUUGCUUUAUUAAACCCUUUCCUGUGAUACAUCCUUCCCAUUGCAAAAUUUAUGUCAGCUAUGUAAUCUCAACCAAAAAACAGCAAAAUAUCUUACAUAAGGUCUGCAUGUACAAGUAAAGUAACUAGAAAUCUGCCACUCUGGUGGCAUAGAGGGAUAAAGCCCGAAUUACAGCCCAGUUGACCUGAGUUCUAUUAGUGGCUCGGGUGAGAGAUAACUUGGGUGACAGAGCAACAAGGAUGGAUGAGCCUGCCUUUCCUUAGUGGAGGGCACUCAUUGCUGACUCUCCUUAAGGGGAGGCAUGAUCCAAAGAGAGGAGUUACCCUCAGAUGCAAUCAGCUAGCGUGGGGGGGGGGGGCAGGAAAAGGGAAAAGUAGGAAGGGUGUAUAAAAUAUAACUUCCCCACUGGACUGAAGCACAGACAGCUGAGUGUGAGGAUACUUCUAAAAUACAUGACCAGCCUCAGCAACACCCGAACAAAUCCAGAAGGUAGGAGGAUGCUGACAGACCCAGCAUGGACAUCGGGUCCCUGGAGGUCAGGCCAGUUCUCCAUCCUUUGCUGAUUCACUUACACUUUUUCUCAUGUAACCAUGUUGAUGUGGGCACUCUUUUGAAUGACACUAAUGACUUUGUGCCUAUGGCUGGCCCUGCAAACCCUUCCCUGUUUUCCUGCCACUCUUACUCUUAAGUGUUUCCUUACAUUUUAUUCUUAAAAGCUUUUGUGGUGAUGUAUAUAACAAGGACAGCAACUAGAAAAAAGAAGGUCUCUCAAAUAUCCUUAAAGAUCUUCAGAGCUAACACUUGGGACCCAGCUUGGUAUCUCUGUGACUCAGCUCAUACUGUUGUAUGGUCCAGCUGCAUUUUUUUUUCUCAGAAGCUGCUGAACUCAGAGGCACAUGCAUCUCAUGCAUUUAUGUACUGUGAUGUUGUAUCCUAAAUUUGCAUAAUGCACUUGGCCGUUGAGCCUGCCAUUUCUUGCUGAUACUUGCACAGCUCAGUCUUGAGAGUGAUUUAUGUAGUGGAAGAAUCCCCAUGUUCAGCCGCUAAGGCAGUAAAAUAUUUUAAGUGUCCAUGUAGCAAACAUAUAAACAGAAAUGUUCACUGGCAUUGAUUUUGCUGCUACAAAUGCUUGCUGUUCAAACCAGUCACUUAGAGACAUUGGAUUGAAAGAACUCCUGACCUUCCUCACUAUCAUGAGACUGGAAGAGGUUGAAGGAACCCAGAGAAAACUUCAACAGCAGGGUUACAUGCAAAUCUCCAGGUCUUUGCUGAAGCACCUUUCAAAGGCUAAAGAAACUGAGGACAGGUUUUGGAAACACCCACUUGGAGGUAAGUCCAUUUCAGAAAUUACUUUCUGGUCCAUGCUUGUUGUGUGUUCAUCCUUAGCUAGUAAGGGUUUGCACUCAUGGCCAUCUUUCACUCUAUUAGGUGAUGACAGGUACAGAGGAGGUGCACAUCCAGUUCCAGCCCUGAGGUGGACUCAUCCAGGGUCCAGAUAGUGCCUCUUUUUUUGUUGGUCAGUUAGUCAGAGCAUAGGUAAGACCUGUCUUUUCCUGGUGAGUAGCUCCUUGAGUCACCAAUCUAUAGUCCUCUAGUGUUACUCAGGACUCAAGACUUCUCUCCCCCUGGCUCAGCAGCAUUCAGUGGCCCAGGUAAGAAGAGGUUUGUUCUACUGGGUCUUCCCAUAUAAGGGCUUUUAGUUUAGGCCUUUGAAUUUUGAGAGUGUGAUUUGAAGUCUGGUGGGAACUGGCCAAAAAGGUGCGUGAUUGCACCCUUAUGGAGCAUGACCUGAUACCAGGAUCAAGCUUGUGUAUUUCUCAUAGGUUCAUACACCAGUAACCUGUCACCAGGCACACACUUAUUGCACCCACUAGAAACUCAACACCAUGCUCAUCUUCCAUGCAUGAUCUUGACUCUGCUAGAAUUCUUAGGACCAGUGAUUCCCUCCUCACUUGGUUUCCUCUGAGACAGCUGAGGAGGUAGAAACAAUUUUGAGAGAGACAAAGUUUUCACCUUUUCUUACAGUUCCAGAAAUGUCCCAUUCUUUACAGAAUCCUUGAGAAUCAUGAAGUCUUACACUGAUUGUCCUGUACCCUGCCGUGCCUCGCAUUUGAGAUGCUUUAAUGAGUAUGUGGGGAAGGUGAAUAAAAAGAUGUGGGUUUCCCUGUCCAAGUGUAUGAUACUUGCAGCCUGGAAACACCCAGAAUGUUCUUGUUUAUCUCCCAGAAAAGCAGAUGCUAUUUAUAAGGCAAUGAUUAACUUUAGUACGAUCCUGACCAGGUGUCCUUGGGAUGAUUUUAUGUGAUAUCACUGAUCUAGCACAGGACCCAGAAACUACAACACAUUUCUAUUUUUCCAUCAGAUAAGGAGUCUAAAGCUUUGGAUGUGUUUGGCAAGAGAAUAUGUCCCAUUUCCACCACUGGAACAAACAAUGAAAAGGUUUUUCUCCUUCUAUGAGCCUGGGUGUAAGGGAAAAUGGUUAAGAAUUUGAGUGCCAGAUCAAUAGUGGACUUACUUUAUGACAUGCUAUAGUUUUCACUAUGCCGCUGCUAUGGCAAUGGCAGUAAGUUGAGGCAUUUGUCUGUGCAAGAUGGUCUGGUUGAGGUGAUCAUUUUUCAAGGAGCAGCUCAAGUAUGUCAUCUUGGAUUCUCCUUUCAAGGAAAUGGUUUUAUUCAGCCAGCCUUCAUAGAAUCUGGUGGAUGACCUCCGAAGGGAAAGCAGAAUUUCUCUAGCAUUCUUUAGCCCCCCAGUUCUUCUAGGUCUAAACAGCCACUCUCCCAAGAAGUCACUUCACAGAUAGAGGAAGGCAGUUGGGUAUCAUAUGGACUUUACCCCAUUGUGUUGCAGCCAGGUAACUCAACGGGGUGGGUCUGCUGACCUAUCAGUUGUAGUCCAUCUGACCACCAAAGACCACCUUGGACAGCAAUUACCUGUGUUUUCCUCAUCUUGAAGAGUCAUCACUAAGAACCAUUGGGUUCUUGAUAUAUUCAAGGAUAGCCAUAUCCUGGGGCACUUAGGUCUUUCUCCAGGAAGGGCUUUACUCUGAGAUCAGGCCAUCUCCUUAUAGCUGUUGAGACAAGCCCAGAAUGUACUCUUCAGUCUCUGCAGCUUUAUUGAGUAUGUCCACUGCAUAAAGCUGCAGUUAAUGGCUGUCCAUGGACUCAUACCACCCCUUCUACAGAGCACCUGAAUUACGUCAGUGGAUAAGAUGGGUGUCUUUUGGUGCAUCAGUGUCUGGGUGUGCACAGUGAGUUCUUUAAUUUUACCAUGGUUGGGGGAGUACUUUUUAGUGCUGAGUGUUACUGCUGUUUGGGCUUCCCUUUGUACUCAGUGUUUACCAAAGGAAUUGAUGUUUUAUAUGAAACCUUGUAGGAGACCAUUCUUCUGCCAUGUGUUCCAUUACCUGGAUGAUUGGCUUCUGAUGGACGUGUCAGGAGAGUCCCUGAUUGCGUUCUUAAAAUGGUUGAUCCUUUAACUACAGUUCCUGAGGAUGACCAUAAAUAGAUUGAAAUCCUUUCUGAUCCUGUCUCUUAGGGGAUUGCUGUCAUGUAGUAGGGCAUUCUCAAAUUUCAGUCAUUCUUCCAUGUGGUGAGCCGAUGAGGUUAUGGAUCUGGCAGGCUAGGUGAAAAUAUUCAAGAGUGGUCUAGGUGAGGAUUUAUCAGAAUGUCCAGAUUUGCCUUCAAGGUUUGAUGGCUGCCAUAAUCUUCAUUGUGACACAUAAAGGCCUGAGAAUGUAGGUGUUUUAGUGGAUAGUGAAGUACAAUUGGUGACAUUGUCUCCACAUGCUCAUGGAUAAGUACAUGGUCUUAGACACUGCAAUGGUGGAAAAUCUCUAGCAGUAUUCAGCUGGGUUACCCAUUCCUGUCCCUGAACCUUUCACAGGUGCUGAUGGUAGGCGCUUCACUUAUGGGAUGCGGAUCUCAACAUGGCUGCUUUACAAUUUAAGGGAACAAGUUUUCUGUGAAGAAGGAAAUCCUUGUUAUCCAGUUGGAGUUAUGUCACGUCCUCCUUACCAUCAAGGCUAAGGAGGAACUGCUGAUUCUAGGGCUACUUUUCACUCAAAUAUGUUGUGUAGUUUCUAACAGGGUGGAAAGGAGCUGUAGAGAGAGAGCAAUUGUUGCCUCAGCAGUUCACAUUAUGGGUAAAGCAGAAUGUGCUGGUAGGCUCUCUGAGCUGAUGUUCCAGUCCUCUUCUGGAGCAGUGGGUAUAGGAGGUGUGCCCGGUUUGGAUCUUCCAGAAGUGGAGCACUUCAGGUAUUGAUCUGUUUGACACCCAACAAAUUGCCCUUCUGUCCUCUUAAUCUUGAUGCAGUAAGGCAAGGGGGAGUUUAUUGUGGAUGUGUCCUCCAUCCCUUGGUACUGGGUAUUCAUGUCUCCUUUUCUCCCAUUCCAGUUCCACAUCGACGCCACACGAUCAAGACUAAUACUCAUCAUAUCAUAGUCAGUGAGAAGGCUGUGGUUCCCAAACUCAUGGGUUUUUGGUAAUGCAAAAACCCUCUCAUUUCUGUCCAAGGAAGUUCACUAAGGUUGGGGAACAGACUUUUUCGUACUGUAGACUCAAUGAUCCUACCAGGUCAUCCAGGUGAAGUAUCAGAAAUGACUGAAGCUGCCAAGAAGCCUUCCUCCUGUUAGACAGACUUUGCUAGUUGGAAGAGCUUUGGCAUUUGAAUAAAGCGCUUCCUGAUAACUGCGUGCCAUGGUUAGUUUGCAAGUGAUUCUGGUUUACGGUUUAUCUUUGGCACUGGUAUGAUUUGAGACGCUAUUGUUCUAGGAUCUGUGCAGAUGCGUCAGCUAUUUCCACAUAUCUUGAUCUUGUAGAGGGCAAGAAUGUUGCCCAGCACUGGUCCAUCAUGCAUUUUCUUAGAGGUUCUGCAUCAGUGUGGCCCCUCCCUGACCCCACACCCCUGUGCCCAUCCACACACACAUGUACACUGUGUGAAACCUGCCGGUAUAAAGUUUAUAUCUUGGCAGCUGAUUUUUCUGGUGGACAUCUCUACUUGCAAGGGCUUGGAGAUUCAAACCCCUCGUGAUUGUGAUCCAUAGCAAAUCCCUUUGGAAGUGUCCUAUUUCCUUCUAAGAGUUCUUUCUGAGUUGCCCUUAAACCAGUUCAUUUUUACCUAUUUUCUUUGUUGGGAUGGAAUCCAGGGGGAGGGAGAGAGCAAUCCAGCUUACAGGAAAUGUUGCUUGGCCUAGAAGUCCAAAUUUCUUUUUCUUGCAGGAAGCAUGGCAUAUGACCUGAAGUAGCCUCUGUUCCACCUGUUCAAACAGCCUGCUCUAACAAACCUGAUUGAAAAGGGCUUACUUUAUGUCUCAGUGAAGGUGCACUUCUCUUUAUACAUCUGCUUGCUUGCACCUAGAAUCCUCUUUGGAAUCUCUCUCUACAGUUGAGCAGUUUCUUAAGGGUUCCCACAUUUAAAGCAUAUAAAGAAGGCAGUGCCACACACACACACACACACACACACACACACACACACACACACACACACACACACACACACACACACACACACACAAAUUCAAGAUUUUUUAACUUUUCUAACAGAAAAAAAGUGCUGCUUCCCUUUGAAGCAAGUGACAUUCAUACCAGUGGUAUUCUUAACUUGGAAAACAUAUCUCUGGUAGCUAUUACUUCAGCCAGGGGAGCUUCAGGACUACAGGCUUUAGUAGACAGAGAACCUAAUGCAGUUUUUGACUAGGACAGGGUGUCCCUUAGAGCUCUAAAAUGAUCACUCUGUCUUUUAUUCCAAAAGUAAUGUUGGAGCAGACCCUGAAUCAAACCAUUCCAUUUCCACUUUUCUCCUCAUCCUCCAAAAAAGGGAGGAAAAACACUUGCUUCUGAUAAAUAUGCAUAGACAAGUGUGGCGUUGUAAUGACAGAACUAAAGACUUCAGAAAAUCACAACAGGUCUUAGCCUCGUCCAUGCCAGGGAAGCAGGGCAGACCAGUUUUCAAACAGACUUGCUCUACCUGGUUGGUGGGUUGCAUUUCUUUCUUUUAUGAUCAGUGAGAAAAUGUUCUACAGGAUUGCAUUAAGGCACACGGUACUAGGACAACAGCUGUUAACAGCUACUUUUUUUCAGAAAUGUUUCAACUCAAAGUAUUUAUGGGGCAGAUACCUGGAUCCUCCACUUUUCUCUAAAAAAAACUUUCCUUGACUAGAGUAGGAUUUGCCACUGAAGUUUUGCAAGGCAUGUAUGCUCCCUCCUCCUAGGUCUGUGGCCACUUCUCACUUGUUCCACUCCUUAUGACUGAAACUGCAGUAGUGAUCCUUGCAUUAAAACAAGAACACAUAACUACAUGUUUGAGUCUAAGCAUCACUGCUGCUGUAUAGACUCUUAUCUGUCUUCCUCCUCAAUAAUUUUUUUAUGUGAAGCUAGUAAAGCCUAAAAGUAGAGGCAGACUACUGCUUCUGUUUCCGAGUUCUUGCCACUUUAUGCCAUAUGUUCUCUUGAUGUGUGCCUCCAUACAGGGGACAUUCAAAGCUGUAUAAGUUAGACUGGACAACUGGAUUUAUGCCUGCAGUAUAAUUCCCACUCGUAUAUGGUACUGCAGCAGUGAUCCUUAUACUGGAAUGGUCACUGUUAUUGUGGACUUUACUUAGGUUUUCUUUCCAAGACACACACCGCUAGUACAUAUUUGUGAUGGGGCAGUUUAUCAGCACCUCAAAUAUUUAAAUUCCUGACUUUGAAAAUGCCAUUUUUGACAAAUAUUUUCAUAUUGCCUUAUAUUGAUGAUGUGUUGUGUGCAUCAUCUACAAGGCAUUCUUUACUCCAAACUUUUCUCGGUCCCAACAAGUUCCAUUCAUUGCAUAUAUCCAUUAGCCUGGACAAAUCAUCUUUCAGGGUGAAUUAAUCUGUUUUAUCAGACUGGAAUUGUCUUGGAUUUAAUCCACUACUGGGCAUUUUGUACUCUGUGCCCUGCUUCCAGAUGCCUGCACCUCUGGUAAUGGUGUCUCACAAUCUCUAUCUGGUGGCACCACUUUCAUUUUCUGUCUGUAUUCCUCCAAAUGUUUAUUGCCUCUCUAACCUGCCUUAAUAUGUAGGACUCAAAGUAAGUGGUUUACUGAUAUUAGUUCCAGAACAACAUUAGAUCAAACUGAAUUUAGAGAUCAGGUUCUUAAAAUGCCUUUAGAAUGACUUUCUCCUGUUUGUCCUCUACAUGAUGCUUAGGGUCUGUAUUAUAUUAUUGAAGACUCAUGUAUUCGAAAAUGUAAUAGUCGACCCAUAAAUGUCGAAAACGUCAAACGUUGAACAUUUCAAUGGAGAUCUCUGUACAGUGCAGAAAUUGAAGUUUUCCAUUGUCUGCACUGUAUGGAGAUCUCGGAGUUGGUAUAUUUAAGUAACAGGGUGGAGUAUGUUACAGCAUUUAAAUGGUUUGCUUGGGUGGGUUUUUGUAUUUUUUUUGUACUUAUUUGACGUUUGACAUUUUCGACAUUUAUGUCGAAUACAUGAGUAUUCGAUAACGUAAUAUAGACCCGAUGCUUACUCUGGCUGCGUACAAGGUAAAGGUAGGCAGUUCAUGUAUACAGCUGUUUAUAAGGAACAUUCAUAAUAUUUUUUACCAUCCUCAAAAUAAAUACUGUAUGUCCUACUGUCUUAUAAAUUUUUUAAACCCACAAUUUAUCUUUUUCAGUUUGAACAGUAAACAAGUAGUCUGGUAGCACAGUAAACAGGAAGGUACCUGAAUCCUGCAUGCUCUACAGGAGGAAACUUUGCAGGACUAGUGGUUGGAUGCAUAUCACAGCUCAUUCAUAGUAACAACUCACAUUCCUGAGGGGGCUUCUGACUUGUACAUUCACUGCUCAUUACUAAUUCCCCUUUGCUGUAGAUAAGAUUCACUGGAUCACUUACAUUCUACAUUAGUUUCAGUAUUUCAAGAGUUUUACUUCCCAAGCCUGCAAAAAGAAAAGUGGAUGUCAUAUACCCUAAUAAUGAUAAUGAUUUUGUCCAGCUUUUUAGCCAUAAAGUGGCAUUUCAACAUAGCAAAUUUUAUUUUGUUAAUGUAUGUUGUGUCAGUAAUAGGGCUUAUUACUUUUCCAUUCUGAAAAGGUCAGAUGUUUGACCCUGACAAGAAGCACUAUUUUUUCUUUGUCUUUUGACCACAGCCUUGGAAUACUACAUUGUGCUGCAUGCUAUGUUUUCCGUGUUAAAGUUAGUUUAAAUUUAUGUACAGUAGCGUGCUUAUAUUGUACUACGUCUCUGCUGUCAAUUGGCACCAUUCCAAAUGCUCAUAAAGCUUUAAGGAUGGAUAUUAGUUAUGAAAAACAUGAACAGGUACAGAUUACUACACUGACAUUUAUAUAUACACUAGAAACUGUCAACCAUUUCACUAAAUGGAAGCAGUAUUUCGUGUAUGUCCAGAUCACUGUGUACCCUUUCAUUAAAUUAUAUGUUAGGGUAAAACACUGGUAAAUAUCUGCAGAUAACUGUCGUUUAUUGUACAGUCUGUGUUCAGUCACAUUAACAUAAAAUUAUAUUAAGUAUCAGAAGAUUUUGAGACAAUCAGCAGUCUUCCAUUUACAGAAAAUAAGAUGUAUAGUGGUUAUUUUGUUAGUAUAAAUCAGCAUAUUCCAUGAUACCCAAAACUAACCACUAGCCAAAAUAUGCUCUGAAUUUUGCACUCUUGUUAUUUCAGCUGCUUGUAAUUACUAGUAUGAAGUGUAUACAGAAACUAAAUAGAGUAUUACAUACUGUAUUUUUGUACUUAAAGCUGAAAUAUGUAAAAUAUAUGCACCAAAGUUUGAACUGUCGAAGGGAAUUUGACUGUAUACUACACUACAGAUGCUUUUUUUAAAGGGUCAUAUUCUUUAGAGCCUCUGUAAAAAUAACUUGAAUUGUUUUAUUUGUAUUAGCAAGCACAUUUGUAAUAUUUUUACCAUCCUAAUAAAGCAAAUUGGUUGCUGUCA